UUGUGCUUGGGCCGCUCGUUGCUCAGUCCGCUUGAAGCAUCAUACGUGGAGAGACGUAUGCAUACGUCACGGAUGUACACCGAAUUGUGCGAGUUUCGCGCGCGUAAAAGUUUCUCGCGAGUGUAAGGGAAAGAAAAAAAACGGAGCAAGAGAAAUAGAUCGGUGACCGACGCGCGACAUUCGGACAUUCCGGAUCCGUUCUGUCAUCGGCGAGAGGAAAGCUGACGCGAGAGAUAUCGGAUGUGGCUAUCGUGUACGAACGAUCGGAGCGAAGGACGGCGCCCGGUUUCUCAAAUGCACCCACGCCGAGGAAUCAGCGGGUUAACGAUGUCGUCCUCGCGCCUCGAACGUCAUCGUCGUCGUCGCCUCGUCGCGAUUCGCGAAAUCGGACGCUCGUGCUUCGACCGAACCGGUUUUCGGCCCAUAAUGUGCUUCCGGGCUAAGGUCGCCUCGGUGCAAACGGAACAUCGUCGUCGUCGUGGUUUCUAAGUCGUUUCGCGCGAAGGAUUCAGAUGAGAAAUCCAUCCUCGUCUCACAGAUCUCGGAGAGACUCGAGAAAUUAUACUAAACGCGAACUGUCAUUUUUUGACAGCUCUCAUUUUUUGACAUUUGAUAGCUGGCGGCGCUUUUUGACAGAGCGAAGAUAUCGGUGCAAACGCGUUCUGCUCUGGAUCAGAAAGAAAAAAGGAAUUCAGAAAGAGUGGAUGUUCGAUAAUAAUUAUAUUGACAACUAUGCAUAUUGCAUCAUGUUGCAUAAUCGAGAGCUCAGAUAAAAAAAGUGCGGUUUUGUGUGUUUUAAAAGAGGAUAGAGGAACUUUGGAAUGUGUGGAUGUGUGCAUAUAUUUAUAUAAUCAGAUAUUAUCCAUCACGUGAACCUUCUUCAAUACCGAAAAGCUUCCAAGAGAAUGCUACCUCCAGCUGCCAUGCAUUUAGAACAAAGAAUGGGCAAUGACAGGCCAGCAGUGGCUCCAUUCUAUAAUCGACGUCCUGGAGCCGCGACCGGAGCUUCGGUGGGAGCUUUACCACCGACCCGAGCAUCCAGCACCACGGACGAAGAUCAUAGCGGAUUGUCCGAGACGGAGAACAUCUCUCCGGAUACGUCGCCUGACAUUCGGCGAAAUCGCCACGCCGCUUCCGGUCAGGACUCGUCGCGCAGGAAACGCCGCGGCAACCUGCCCAAGGAAGCGGUGAACAUCCUUAAGCGUUGGCUGAUGGAACAUCGGUACAACGCUUAUCCCAGUGAGAGCGAGAAGCUGCAUCUCAGCGAGCUUACUCGGCUCUCCAUCCUACAGGUGUGUAACUGGUUUAUAAAUGCCAGGCGACGUAUCCUGCCCGAGAUUCUACGCAAGGAUGGUAAGGAUCCUCAGAACUAUACGAUAUCGCGUCGAGCUCGUCGUAGUGUUCAGAGCGGUUCUCGCCAGGGUCGACGGGCUGAUCAGUCGGACCUGAUUGAAGAGGUGCCGAGGCCCCAGAAUUGGGAUUUCCACGGCGUGGAAAGAGCGGUUGCCUCGCCACAGGGGGACAUUCGUGAUUUGGAGAGAGAUCACGAUUAUGACGAGGAAGCUGCAUAUCGAAGCGAGGACAGUCCGAACGAUUACGAGAGCAGUCCGAACGAUUAUCACAGCGAGGAGGAACGUCCUUUGAUACGAUGGCCCAACGUAAUCGUUCGACCCUAUGCAGAAAACCAAGUCGAACAGUUAGAUGCCGACGAUAUCUCUCAUCCUUCUGCUCGACGAAGAAACGACAACAAUUCCGAGAGUUCCCACGACAACUCCAGCGGCGAACCUGCUGCGUAUUGGAGCGCUCCUCGGGAACACCUGUCGGCAACUCCUGGUGUUCAACAGCAGCAGCAGAUGGAACUCCACUAUCGUGGUCUACCGCCUCGCACCCUCGAAAACGCCUACGCGCACCAGGACAACGGCGACUCCUUCAGGAUGCUCGUAGAGAUCGCCGUGGCGAGUCCAUACGAGCCUCCACGACAGCGAUCGCCCUUAGACGAUCCUUAAAAAGGGAUAAGGGUGGAGAACUUUUCACCAGUGUUGUCAGUGACAAGGGCAACGAAGAACAAGAAUGACGUUCCUUGCGCGUUUAGUGCCGACAGGAUGCGUUGGGGGAAAAGAAAUUAAAUUAAUUUUUAACUUUUCUUCUUCGUUGUCCGUAUU